UGAAGCAGGAGGAAGGAGGAGGCCGGUCCGUCAUGGCCGCCGGCGGCCCCGGCCCCCUUCACCCCCGGACCGGACGUCUCGUGGCCUUGUCCCCGGGAGGCCGAAGUGCGACCAGGGCCCAAGCGGGACAGGAGUUUAACAAUGGGAUAGUCCUGAGCAGGGAGCCCCUGAGGGCCAACAGUGUGUUCACCGUCAGGAUAGACCGCAAGGUGAACUCAUGGAGCGGCUCCCUGGAGGUUGGGGUCACCGCCCUGGACCCUGCCCACCUGGACUUCCCCAGCAGCGCCACCGGCCUCAGGGGGGGGUCCUGGGUGGUCUCCGGAUGCUCCGUCCUCCGGGACGGACGUUCCCUACGGGAGGACUUUGGUCCGGACCUGGAUGCAUUAGGGGAAGGGGAUAGGGUCGGGAUACAGGCUACAGAGGGGGGGGAGCUGCGGCUGUGGGUCAAUGGGCGCUGCUAUGGGGCCGCGGCCGUCGGGCUCCCCCCCCGGGUAUGGGCAGUGGUUGAUCUCUAUGGGAAGUGCACCCAGGUGACCGUGCUGGGGGCGGAGCCUGCGGGAGAGGAGGCGGAGCCUGAGGGGCAGGAGGCGGGGCCUGAAGGAGAGGACACAGCCCUCCCCCCACCCCCCCCCCGCCCCCAGCCCCGUCCGGACAAGUUCCCCGACAGCCUGGAGCCAAUAGGGGCCGCUUUAGCCCCGCCCCCUCCGGCCGCGCUGACCAAUGAGGCUCUGCUGUUCCAUGAGAAGUGUGGGGCCCUCAUCAAGCUGAGCAAUGGGCACAAGACAGCAGAGAGACGACGACCCCUGGAUGAGUUCAACAAUGGGGUGGUGCUGACCAACCGACCCCUGAGGGAUGGGGAGAUGUUCGAGAUCCGCAUUGACAAGCUGGUGGACAAGUGGUCAGGCUCCAUCGAGAUGGGGGUCACUGCCCACAACCCCAACAGCCUCGAGUACCCGGCCACCAUGACCAACCUGCGCUCCGGCACCAUCAUGAUGAGCGGCUGUGGGAUCCUCACCAAUGGGAAGGGAACGCGUCGGGAAUACUGCGAGUUCAGCCUGGAUGAGCUGCAGGAAGGGGACCACAUUGGCCUCAUGCGGAAGCCCAACAACGCCCUGCACUUCUACAUCAACGGCAUCGACCAAGGGGUGGCGACGGCGGUGACCCCCCCGGUGCUCUAUGGUGUGGUGGAUCUCUAUGGCAUGGCCGUCAAGGUCACCAUCGUCCACAACCACAACCCCAGCGACCGCCUGCGCCGCAACAACGCCCUGCUGAGGGCCCUGUCCCCCCCGCCCCCCCCCCACCCCAUAGCGGCCAAUGGGGCCAGGGCCCCCCCCCCCGCCGGACCACCCCCUCCCCCCCAGCGCCUGGUCUUCCACCCCAACUGUGGGCAGAAGGCAGCUGUGGUCAACGAAGGGAGGACGGCGCUGAGGCCACACGCCACGGAUGACUUCAACCACGGGGUGGUGCUGACCUCUCGCGCCCUGCGGGAUGAGGAACUGUUCCAGGUGCGCCUGGAUCACGUGGUCGACAAGUGGGCGGGGUCAAUCGAGAUCGGGGUCACGACCCACAGCCCCGCCCACCUGCAGCUGCCCUCCACCAUGACCAACCUGCGCUCCGGCACAUGGAUGAUGACAGGCAAUGGGGUCAUGCACAAUGGGACCACGGUGCUGGAUGAGUAUGGCCACAACCUGGACAGGCUCAAGGCCGGGGACACGGUGGGGGUGCUGCGCAGGCCGGAUGGGACCCUCCACUUCUUUGUCAAUGGGGCAGCCCAGGGCCCUGCCGCAUGGAACGUGCCCCCCAACGUCUAUGCUGUGGUUGAUCUCUAUGGGCAGGCGGCUCAGGCCACUAUUGUGGAUGAGGGGGAGGCCCCACUGGUCCCUCCCCCCCUGUGCGGGCCGGAGCUGGGGGGCUCCGAGUCCUCCCCCCCUGCAGGGGGCGCUGUGGGGGAGCUGAGGUUCCAUCGGCUCCAUGGCUCCAACGCCCUCAUCACCAAUGGAGGCCGCACAGCCCUGAGGCAGAACUGCAGAGCUGAGUUCAAUGAUGCCAUCGUGGUGUCCAACCGGGCGCUGCGGGACGGGGAGCUCUUUGAGAUCGUCAUCCAGAAGAUGGUGGAUCGGUGGUCGGGCUCCAUUGAGGCCGGGGUCACCGCCAUCCGCCCGGAGGACCUGGAGUUCCCCAACACCAUGACUGACAUUGACUAUGACACCUGGAUGCUGAGCGGCACAGCCAUCAUGCAGGACGGGAACACCAUGAGGAACAACUAUGGCUGUGACCUGGAUGCUUUGGGAACGGGAUCCAGGAUCGGGAUGAUGAGGACGGAGCGAGGGGACCUGCGGUACUUCAUCAAUGGGGCCGACCAGGGGGUGGCCUGUUCCGGGCUGCCUGACGAGGUCUAUGCGGUUGUGGAUCUCUAUGGGCAGUGUGUGCAGGUUUCCCUCACUGGGGCCUCAGGCCCCACUGACAACAGCCUGGCCCCCCCCAGCGCCCCCGACAAGGCCUGUGCCCUGCCCUCGCCAGCCCCCCCCGCCCCCUGCCAGCGCUUCCAUGGCCGCUGUGGCCAGAACGUGGCUCUGGCAGCCGAGGGCUCCGGUGCCGUCCGUGUGUCCGGUUACUGCCAUGGCCUCGUCUUCAGCCGCAGCCACCUGCGCCCGGGGGAGCUCUUCGAGGUCCGGAUCGAGGCUCUGGACGAGCGGUGGGCGGGGUCAGUGCGGGUGGGGCUGGCAGCCCCUCCCCCUCCCCCCCCCGCCCUGCCCCCCUCCCUCCUCGAGCUCCCCUCCCCCCACGCCUGGCUCGUGGUGGGGGCCGAGGUGUGGGGGGAGGGGAACCGGACACGGGACAACUAUGGGGUGUCCCUGGAGAGGCUGGGGGUUGGGAACCGUCUCGGUGUUCGCCGUGGCCCUGAUGACUCAAUGCACAUCCUGGUGGAUGGGGAGGACAUGGGACCUGCAGCCACCGGCGUCGCCAAGAACGCACACGUGGCCCUUGACCUCUAUGGGCGGGUGACAGCCGCCCCGCCCACCUUCCUGCCCCGCCAUGGCCGCAACAUCCUCCUGUCCAAUGGGAACCGCACAGCAUUGACCCCCAUUGACCCC